CUUGUCAAACACUGCCGAUUAUUGUAAAACUGGUUUCCAAGUAGAAAUUUCGCUUAUAAUUUCGGCCAUCAAUAAACUAAGUACAUUAUAAAAAUGUCGGAAAAUGGCCUCGACGAUGCGUAAGAAAACUCAAGUAUCUUUCGUAAUCCGCGACGAAGAAGAACGUCGUCAUAAAAAUGGCGUUAGUUCGUUGCAAUUGGACCCUGUACAAGGCAGGCUAUACUCCGCAGGCCGAGAUGGAAUUAUUAGAGUUUGGAACACGGCUACGGGAGUGCAGGAUAGAUAUAUACAAAGCAUGGAACACCACACAGACUGGGUGAACGACAUAGUUCUGUGCUGCGGCGGCAAAAACCUUAUAAGUGCGUCUUCUGACACCACUGUCAAAGUAUGGAACGCGCCGAAAGGAUUUUGUAUGUCUACUUUACGUACUCACAAAGAUUACGUACGUACGCUAGCUUACGCUAAGGAGAAAGAACAAGUAGCCAGCGCCGGCUUGGACCGUGCUAUAUUCCUUUGGGAUGUAAAUACAUUGACAGCUUUAACUGCAAGCAACAACACAGUAACAACCUCUAGUCUCGUCGGUAAUAAGGAAUCUAUAUACAGUCUAGCUAUGAAUCCACCUGGCACAGUUUUAGUAAGUGGAUCAACUGAGAAAGUGCUCCGAGUUUGGGAUCCAAGAAACUGUGCAAGGCUUAUGAAGCUAAAGGGACAUUCAGACAAUGUUAAAGCACUGGUUGUGAGCAGAGAUGGUCAGCAGUGUGUAUCGGGGAGCUCUGACGGUACUAUAAAAUUAUGGUCACUAGGACAACAGAGGUGUGUGUCAACAAUCAGAGUUCAUACGGAAGCAGUAUGGGCACUUCUGGCUACAGAAAACUUCACACAUAUUAUCUCAGGAGGUCGAGAUAAACUAGUCAUUAUAACAGAACUGCGAAAUCCUGAUAAUUCAAUAAUAGUCUGUGAAGAAACUGCACCCAUUCUAAAAUUGUGCUUCACUGCUGACCAGCAAGGUGUUUGGGUGUCUACGUCAGAAUCCGACAUUCGAUGUUGGAAGCUGCCACCAUUAUCUAAUAUAAACUCAGACAUGUAUAAUCAGAACAAUUAUAACCCUAACAAUGUAUAUCAGACUCAGCCUACCACUAGUAUACCUGGUGGGCCAGCGAUAAGACACUAUAAAGUAUUAAAUGACAAACGCCACAUAUUAACAAAAGACACGGCUAACAAUGUGGCUCUGUAUGACGUUUUAAAAGCGUGUAAGCUAGAAGAUUUGGGUGAAGUAGAUUUUGAAGAAGAAGUGAAGAAACGUUUCAAAAUGGUUUAUGUCCCAAACUGGUUUAAUGUUGAUUUGAAGACUGGUAUGUUAACUAUUCAUUUAGGACAGGAUGAGACGGAUUGCCUCAGUGCUUGGGUGAGUGCAAAGGAGGCUGGACUGACAACAGAGUUGGACCAGAAAGUAAAUUUUGGUGCGUUGCUGUUGCAAGCUUUGUUGGAGCACUGGAAUCAUCAGAGCAGGGUGUCUGAUGCUGGACAGAAAGUGGUUGGGAACAAUUUUUUCAGUGUGCCGCUGCACACACCAUUAAUAUUUAGUGAAGUUGGUGGCAGGACACUUUAUAGGCUGCAGGUUGGUGAUGCAGGUGGUGAGACGGAAGGCAACCUACUAAACGAGACUGUGCCAGUGUGGGUGGUGGAUGUAGCCAUAGAGAUGGCUGCUCCAAAGCUAAACAAGCUGCCGUUCUACCUGCUGCCUCAUGCUAGCUGUCAGACCAAGCAGGACCGGCAGAAAAAGGACCGAUUGGUAGCUAACGAUUUCAUCCAAUGCCGGAAAGUAGCGGAGCACGUGGUGGAAAAGAUCGUCGGCGGCGGCGACGGCGGCUCGCCGCGUGCGGCGCCCGAGCCCGCGCCGGAGCCCCAAGAUCGAGUAGAGUUGCUUUGCGCAGAUCAGGUACUGGAUCCGAAUAUGGACUUGCGUACAGUGAGACACUUCAUAUGGAAAUCUAACGUGGAAUUCACCCUGCACUACCGAGUUUUGAAGCAAUGAUUCAGCUACUCCGGUGACCAGUGAUAUAAUUAUAUGUCAAGCAUCCGC